AUGGAUAGGAUGAAUUUGUAUCUCGUAAUGGAAUGUGUAGAAGGUGGUGAAGUGCGCGAUUAUCUCAUUGACAUGAGUGAGGAAGAUCUCAGCAAUGCUGUCCGUUUCUACUCUAUGGAAGUAAUCUGCGCUCUUCGAUAUUUGCAUUUGAGAAAUAUCGUGUAUCGUGAUCUCAAACCGGAAAAUUUGCUUCUGUCGAAAAAUGGGCAUGUGAAAUUGUCGGAUUUCGGACUGGCAAAAGUUCUCAAAGGGAAGACCUACACCAUCUGUGGAACGGCUGAGUAUAUGGCACCCGAAAUCUUGUUAAAGAAGGGAUACGGCGCAGAGGUGGACUGGUGGUCUCUCGGCAUACUGAUCUAUGAGCUGAUCUCAGGAAGUCCUCCAUUUUGUGGCAUAAAUGAUGAUGAGACUUUUGAUCUUAUCAAGAAAGGAGACGUACAAGUUUCUUCGGAGUUUCAUGGAGAAGUAAGAGAUGUGGUAGAAAUGCUUCUGAGUCGUGACCCAACAAAACGAUCCUCAGCUAUAAGUCUCAAAUGGUAA